AUGAUCCACGGAGAGGCCGGGCUCUGCGGCGCUGCAUCCUGCCCCACCGCCCCGCAUGGUGACUGGAUAGAGCCGCGGUGAAGCGGGGGAUGAGAAAGACAGAAAGCCAACCUCCUCAGUCUGCUAGCAGCAUCAGCAGAUCUGGACAAAGAAGGAGGCAGGAAAGAUGAGGCAGACGGGGAUUGAAGCUUCCUAUUAUUUCGGUCUGCGUCAAACCUCCGGGUCCGUCAGGAGAUGAAGCCAUCAGUGCCUCUUAAAGGACUUUUUGGGGUUAUUUGCUGCAGGGGCCCAUGUUAGAGUCAGUGAUGGUCCCCCCAUCUUCUGCAUUCUGAGGAGAAAUUGUCCAGUGGGAGCGGAGAUUAGAAGGAAGAUGCAAACAUAACUAACAACAGGUUACUUUGUCGGCGUUAAUCCAUAACAAGCUAUUUAAUUUAUUUUUGUUGUUCAUCAUGAGCUCGCUGUUUUUUUGCGAACCUCCGCCCGGUCCGGUGACCAGCGCCCUGCGGAACGACCUGGGCUCCAACAUCCAUGUGCUGAAAACCCUCAACCUGCGCUUCCGCUGCUUCCUCGCCAAAGUCCACGAGUUGGAGCGCAGGAACAAGCUGCUGGAGAGCCAGCUGCGGCGCGCCCUGCAGCGGCCGCUCUGCAGGCAUCCCUUUGGCCGGGAGGUCGCCGUGCAGACUGACGGACCCGAGUCCAGGCUGCCGGGGACCAUCUGGAGUUUCACCCACAUCCGGAGGCAAGGGGAGCGCUUCGAGACCCUGCAGGGGCCCGGAGUGACGUGGACGCACCCGGACGGAGUCGGAGUCCAGAUCGACACCAUCACCCCUGAACUGAGGGCUCUGUACAACGUGCUGGCCAAAGUAAAGCGAGAGAGAGACGAGUAUAAGAGAAAAUGGGAGGAGGAGCUGUCCAGGCGAGAGCAGCUGGAAUCAACUGUGGAAUCACUACAGCAGAGCGCCAGGGAUUCAUCAGAAAUCCAGGAUGAGCUGAAUGAGAAGGUAGACAGACUCAAGGCUGAACUUGUGGUCUUCAAGAGCCUGAUGAGUGACGAAAUGUCUGACCUGGACACAAAGAUCCAAGAGAAAGCCAGAAGAGUUGACAUGGACAUCUGCAGACGUAUCGACAUCACGGCCAAGCUGUGCGAUGUGGCUCAGCAACGCAACUCGGAAGACAUGUCAAAGAUGUUUAACGUCAGCCCAGCCAGGUCGCUUCCAGAGAAGGGUGCCAUGGCCUGCUGCAGGAGAAAGGAACGUAAGACCAUCUCAGAUGAGGAGAACUCCGAAAUGGAUGCCGAGCCAAGCACUUCUGAGGAGGAGGUCCCUGGAUCGCUCAACAUCACGGAUGAGAUGAAGCGCAUGCUCAACCAGCUACAUUGCUCAGAUAACUCAUUUGUUGCUAGGCGUGAGACAUUUGAAAUCGACGACGACUGCGACAGUCUGACAUGGGAGGAAAACGAGGAGACCCUGUUGCUGUGGGAGGAUUUCACAAACUACAACAUGCCAUGCACCAUCGCUGCAACGACCUGCACUGCCGCCUGCCCUUGCGAAGCCAGCGCCGAGGCUGCUGAUCCGGAUUCGCAGGAUGGAAGUCUUGGCAGCCUCAUCGAUGAAACAGAGUCACUAUUUAAAAACAGGGAGAAGGAAUACCAGGAGACCAUCGGACAGAUUGAGAUGGAACUGGCCACAGCAAAGAGCGACAUGACCCGACACCUGCACGAGUACAUGGAAAUGUGCAGCAUGAAAAGAGGCCUGGAUGUGCAGAUGGAGACCUGUCGACGGAUGAUUAAAGGUGGCAGGAAUUCUCCUUCUUUUAGCUCGGUGGCCAGCAGCGACUCAGGGAACACAGACGAGAUCCAGGAUGAGAUCUCCGAUAAGGAUGCAGAGGCUGAAGUCCCGCUCAGCUGAUGGCUGUGUGCCUGGGUUUUGUCCCAUCUCCUGUUGUCAUUGGAGUUUAGAUAUGAACAGUGUCAUCCUGGCCGGAGGUGGAAUAAGCUUAACAUGGUGCAGGCUACUGGUGCUUUUAUACUGUUUCUGCUGGUGGUGGGGGUGUCUCUGCUUCCUGAAUGCAGACACCAAGCUGUGCUCUCUUUCUCGCUGCUGAUUCCAGGGCUUCAAAUCAUUUUGCAGAGGAGGGGAAAAAAAUAUUUUAAACAAGCGGAAAAGUAUUUUUUAUCCAGUUAAGAUCCUUUUAUUCUAAAGGAAUUGAAUACAGUACAUAUUGUACUCCAACAAAAAUUCACCAAAACUAUAACUAUACAUCUGUGAGACUGAGAAACGUGUUUCUGCUGAUUGAUUUUUUGUGUGAUUUGAUCCCAGGUGUGGUAUUCAGAGUCCAAAUUUAAGUGUUCGGGUUUAAGUGUCUUCUGUCAUGGAGACAAAGAGAAGUGGAAAGAAAUGGUGUUGAAGUUCUGCUUUUUAUCAAGGGAACUCUGCAGGCUUGCCAAAGUCAACAGAGGAAAGGAGCACAGCCCUUUUUUGUAAAUGCACCGGUGCACUACUGAAUUCUAUGCAAUUUAGCCAGCCUUAUUGCUUUUUGAACUGGUUGCUACCCUUCUUUGCUUAUCUUACAGCCAUCUGCCUCUUCUAAUUAAAGCAGGUAUUUUUUAUUUUAUUUUACUAUCUUUGUUGGGGGUAUCAACUGGAUUAGUGCUCAUAAAAAAAAUAAUAAUAUCAUAAAAUAGGCCUUUGCGAAAGUAUUUGUGACCCUUAAACUUGUUCACUUUUUGUUACAUUUCAAUCAAAAACAUUAAAGGUAUAGUGGAGGAUGUUCUUUUUCCAGGUGGAUCAUCAAAAUAAGUGGUCCUCCUAAUUGUCAAUCAUUCUGGUGAUAUGUUUACGAAAGGUUGUCCUACGUGUUCGUCCCCAUUUUCACUUACCGAUGGUGAAUCUGACAUACAAUAGUGGAAAAAUCCAAAAUCUUCUUUUGAAAAGUAAGCUUGUAUGAGCAAUGCAGGGGCGGAUUUAGGAAAUUUGGGGCCCUAGGCAAAGACAGGCAGGGGGCCCCCUGAGAAGAAAACCCAUAAA